AUGACCCCCGACCUGGGUCCGGGGAACGGCAGCCUGGAGGAGGGUCCGCCGCCGUCGGGCGGCGGCUGGGCGGCCGCCUCGCUGUGCCUCAUCAUCGCCCUGACGGUGGCCGGGAACGCGCUGCUCAUCCUGCUCAUCUGCACCCAGCCGGCGCUGCGCAACACGUCCAACUACUUCCUGGUGUCGCUCUUCGCGUCCGACCUGAUGGUGGGCCUGGGGGUCAUGCCCCCGGCCAUGCUCAACGAGCUGUACGGCCGCUGGGUGCUGGCCCGCCGCCUCUGCCUGCUCUGGGCCGCCUUCGACGUCAUGUGCUGCAGCGCCUCCAUCCUCAACCUCUGCCUCAUCAGCCUGGACCGCUACCUGCUCAUCCUGUCCCCGCUGCGGUACAAGCUCCGCAUGACCCCCCGGAGAGCCCUGGCCCUCAUCCUGGCCGCCUGGACCCUGGCCGCCCUGGCCUCCUUCCUCCCCAUCCAGUUGGGGUGGCACCGGCUGGGGGCCCGGGCCCCCGACGCCACGGCGCCGGGGGCGCCCCGGGCCGGGGAGCCCGCGGACGGGCGGUGCCGCCUGCCCGUCAGCCUGCCUUUCGUCCUGGUGGCCUCCUGCCUCACCUUCUUCUUGCCCUCCGUGGCCAUCUCCUUCACCUACUGUCGGAUCCUGCUGGCCGCCCGCAAGCAGGCCGUCCAGGUGGCGUCUCUCACCACCAACGUGGCCGGCCCCUCCGACGACCCCUUGCAGGUGCCCAGGACACCGACCGACAACAGGCGGUUUGUCACCAAGCACAGCCGGAAGGCGCUGAAGGCCAGCUUGACCCUGGGCAUCCUUCUAGGCAUGUUCUUUGUGGCCUGGCUGCCCUUCUUCGUGGCUAACCUGGCCCAGGCCGUGUGCGACUGCGUCCCUGCCGGCCUCUUCGACAUUCUCACGUGGCUGGGCUACUGCAACAGCACCAUGAACCCCAUCAUCUACCCGCUCUUCAUGAGAGACUUCAAGAGGGCCAUGGCCAAGGUCCUCCCCUGCCCGCAGCGGGCUUGGGAGCGCCAGGCCAGCCCCAUCUCCCUCUCCGCGCGCAACUCGCACAGCGGCCCCCGGCUCGGCUUGGCCCUCAAGAACGCCCUGACCCUCCCGGGGGAGACGGACUCGGGCGACUCGGUGCUGCAGGUCACCGACCACCUCCUGCUGCCCAAGGACCCCGGGCUGGACCCGCUGCCGCCGAGGGGGGCCGAUUCGGUCAACCUCUUCGACAUGGACCCCGCCGAGCAGGAACUGCGUCUGCACCCGCUCAACACGCCCAUGGACUGAAGCGGAGGGCUGGGCGGAGCUGGGGUUCGCGUCUGGUCCUCCCCAUCCCUCUCCCCGGGGGUGGAACCUGCCUCUUCCAGUGGUUGGGGUUUUGAUGGUCAAGAGCCUGUAGAUGGGCCACCCUUCCUCUGCCACCCCCAGGGCUGGGCGGCAAGUGAGAAUUGGGCAGACCCCCCCGGUCGGAGGACUUCGGGACGGGAACGGGGCAGAGGGCAGAUGGGGUUUGGGGUUACUGGCAGGAGACCACCUUGGCUGGAGAAACAGCCCUGCCAACUCAGAGAGAGAAACCAGCCAAGGCUCCCUCAGGCCCGGCUCUGCCUCUGGCUGCCUCUUCCCAACCUUGAGCCCAUUAGCUGGUCAGAUGAGAGGUUCCCAGCCUGGCCAGCUCCUGGGCUCCUUCCCUUCUGCCCCCACCCUGACACCACCCUCUUCAUAUCUCUGUUUUCCAGAUGAUAAGGGCAGGGACAAGAAUGAGUGCCCAUUGGGGGCAGGGAGGAGGCAGGACAGAGCAAUCCGCCUGGACUUGUGUCCUGGGAGAGUGGAAUCUGGAGCUGGUGGCACCGGAUGAGGCUCUCAAGUCCUCAUCCUGUACUGUACCCAACCCUGGUCACGCCGUCCAUGGUUCCACAGGGUUACCUGAGACAAAGAGGUCCCUUUCUCUUUCUUCAUUUGCACAGUGGAAGCUCCUGCUUGCUGCAGUACAGAGGAAUGCUAAGCAAAAGACAGCCAGACCAUUUGGCCUCAUUUGACUGUUUUACCCUCCCUUAAACUCAUGUCCUCGGUUCCGGGGCGGUUUUCGAGCCAUGUUUCUUCAAGCGAACUGGGUGACUUGCUCCUGGGCCUCCUUGAAUUUGGACCCGCUUUUCUGCCUUCCCUGUGGUCUGUGCCACUCCUUCUCCAGGCCCUCAGUGUUCUCAGUGAACGGUUUGCUGACCCAGGCAGCUGAAUCCUUAGGGGUUUUACAGGGCCCUCACCUCCCCCUCCCCACUCUCUGCCAUCGCAGGAAUCUGCUCUUGCUUCUGCCUUCAGAUCCAGAGGGUCCAAAUUCCACAUGGCCUCUGCCCCUGGAAAGGUGGGGAGAAGACAUGUGAAAGGGGGAGCAGGAAAGAGGGGCAGCCUAGCUGGGAACCUUGGGCCUUCCAGUCCUCAGGGGGUGACAUUUCUCGCGGGACGAUUUCUAGCACCGUCUUUCCUGGCCUUCAACUCCAUGCCCGUCUCCUCCACAUCAGUAAGUCAAUCGUAUUUAUUGAGCGCUUACUGUUUGCCGAGCACUGUAUUAAGUGUUUGGGAGCGUACAACCUGACAGACCCAUUCCCUGCCCUCAACGAGCUUACAAUCCAUAGGAGGACGUAGGACGUUAAUAGGAUUACCUAAGGCAAUGCCGCAGCCCAGGUAUUUGAAUGGUAUUUAUUGAGCCCCUUACUCUGUGCCAAGCACUGUACUAAGCACUUGGGAGAGUACAUUACAGCAGAAUUAGCAGAGGCCUUCCCUGCCCGUAACAAGCCCAGACCCAGCGGGCAUAGCAGAACCCGCCACCUUCCCGAACUGCCGUGGCACACUCCCCUUGGGCCAAGUUAUCCAACGAGAUUUGCCACAAGUAGCAGGAGGCCAAGGAGGGUGAGGAAAGGUGGAAAACCGACUCCUGGACUGGUUGAGGGGGCCUGAGGGAGGAGGAAUCUUGAGGCGAGGCUGCUGAGCCUACCCUCCUUGGGCCUGGGAGAACUGUAAUCUGACUCGGUCUGAGUGUGCGUUGCGAGUGGCUUCUUUAAACAAUUGUGCCAUUUUUAUCCAAGAAGGGGGACAGACCCCAAUAAAAACUUCCACUCAGA